AUGGUCGACACCAGCGGCUCCCUGGCCCUGGCUUCCCGUGGCCUAUAUUCAACUGGCGUGUCAACCGAUAUCAGUGUAACGUAUCUGAACGCCGGCGGGAAAAUAGGUGACCUGGUUAAAGGUGAAGUCAUAUGUGAUAAAUUUGGCAAAACCUUGGCAUUCACCUCGGUGAAAUUCAUGAACAAGAACGACGAGAUCGUGGCACGGGGGAGUCAUACCAAGUUUGUCGCUCUGGCAUGGAAGGACGAGAAAAACAUCACGGACGAGCUGAAACCACAGGUUGACGAGUCACAAGCUAGUGAAGUCACCAGGACUAGUUUCAGCCAUCAAGUCAAGUCAUAG